CAAAAAUAUAAAAGUUGAGAAAUUAUCCAACAAUUUUUAGAGGAAAACAUAAAUUUUCAUAAAUUGUCUCUUCAAUAACGAUAAAUUAGAACUAUAUGUAUUCGAAUACAGUUGCAAUUCGACAAUCUUCAGUCAGAAUUAAAGACUACUGGAGUCGCCUUGAUCAGUUAACAUGUUUAAGACGAUUUUCAUCUGUUGUAGGCAAACUGCCCCCCAUCCCGUCUAAUCAACAAGAAUUCCGGCCGGUAUUAAGAAAUCAUCCUGGAGAGAAUAAUUCUAAUAUCACAAAUGUAUUACAGUUCCAAUCACUGCGAUCAUCUAGUACGGAAAAACAAGAUCCCUCACAACCAAGACCUCCCACGGUCAGUGAUUUAGAACACGCUUAUAGUGUGCUGAGUGAUACGCUGCCAAAACUAUUUAUACAACCUUUGGAUUAUUCAAUUUACAGUCCAAACUUGGAAUUUCAAAAUAACAUAACGGGAAAACAUACAAUAGGCCUUUACCAUUAUGUUAAGCAGAUUGCUCUUUUGCGCACAGUGGGUCACUUGAAGUAUGCUUAUGUCAAAUUAGAAGUUCUUAAGAUCACCAAACAUCCAGAGGACUUUACCAUUAAAAUAAGAUGGCGAGUACGUGGCAUUUCGGGAUUAAAAGUAAUGUUGAACUUUUGGAAGUACAAAUUGUGGGAUUUGAAAGGAGUAUUUGAUAGUCAGGAAUCUUGGUAUGAUGGUUUCUCAAUUUGUUAUUUGGGUGACAACGGCUUUAUAUAUAAGCAUGUAGUUGAUAAAGUUAUGCCUGAUCAAAAUCAGGAAGUUGUUGAAACAAGCACUAUGGUUGAACCUGGUACAAUGGCUGUAUCAUCAAAAAUUGGCUGCUCAUCCACAGCCAGUAGCACUGCUAACGGAACAAAGUAACAGAUUACAUUUAAAAUGUAGUUUUUCAGAAAAAUAAUUUAAUUAUUUAUAUAUUACAAUUAAUUUUAUGCUGUGCUAAUACAUUGUUUAUUGAUUAAAAAUGUCACUGUUUAUUUAA